CAACUGUCAAAAAAAAUUCUCAUUUUGUCACGAAUUUCGUUUUUCCGACUACCCCCAUCAAAUUUUUCCGCGAAAGUCAGUGGAAAAGUGGCCGCCGCGUCCAGUUCGCCCAAAAUUCCCCCGUGAGAACGUCGAAAUUUUUGAAAAAGUGCUUCCCCAGCGCGCAUGCGCCCUUUUUAUAAAUAGCUUAUUUCAGUAUCAAAUUUCUGGUUUUUAGUCGUAGAGUGAGUGCGUUGGGUUGUUGUCGUUUUCCGUAAAAACCAGUGCCGUGCCAAAAUUCGAGCGAAGGAACGUAUUUUUGUUUAAUUUAAGAUGGCCGAAACCGUGAAGAAAUCUCGAAUCGUAAGUGAGCCCGACGAUAACCUAGAAGAAGCGUUGAUGGAAGAAUUUAACCUCCGGCUAAAAAACUGCAUGAGCCAAGACGACCUCCAGAACCCCGACGACGCACGAAUCGUGUCGAGAACCACCGAAGACUUCAUCCGAGCUGAACAGGAGCACUACUACGAAGAGCCGGUCGAGACGAACGGCAUCCAGAAACAAAACGGCUAUCAUCGGGACGAGGAUAGCAUCUAUGAAAAUGUUGGACACCAAACAAAUAAGACUGAUGAAAAAACGGACCAAUACAUCGACAUGACGCUGACGUGUCCGCAGAAAGAGGACGAACCGUCGAGCGUUUACGAGGACAUUGAGGAAGACAGGACGAACGGGCCCGAUCUGACGUUGACGGAUCUGUGCGAAUCGAGGGAGGCGGAUAGUGAGGUGAAAUCCGCAAAAGACAGAAUGUUGUUAUCGACGGACGUCGGCUCCUGUCUCCUCUUCACACAAACAGUGACGUCACCUAUGCUCACCCCCUCCGAGGAGAACAUCGACUUCUUGAAAGGUUUUCGGAGAGAAUCCAACGGCGAGAGCGAACCAGUGACGGACAUAGACGAAGUAAAGCCGAAAGAGUCGGAAUGGGUGAUCGUGGAUAAAGAAGAGAACUCGGAAGAGAACGAAAACGGGAGCGAGAACGUGUACGAGAACUCGGAGUUCUUGAAGCAACACAAAGACGGAAUAAUUUACGAGAAUCUUAAAGACGUACAAGAGACAAUUUAUGAGAAUUUGAAAGAUCUGGGUGAGACGAAGGAGAAGGAGGGUGACGAGGUGAUAUACCAGAACGUGGGCGAGUUGCGGGAGGAGGACGAGGUGCAAGAGGAAGUGAGUGAAGGACUCGAGACGAAGGAGGACGAAGUGGACAAAGUGGAGGAGUGCGAGAAUGUCGACGAGAGUGAUAAGGUUGCGGAUGAGGUUUAUGAAGAGACGAAAGGCGUGGAUAUUUUGAAGCAGAUUAACAAGUUUGAGAGCGAAGAGAGCACCCAAGUGACUGAAUCCUAUGUAGAAACCACAACUAUCGAAUCCCACUCGUCAGACAAUAAAGGACUGAAAAAGAAAAAAUCGAAAAAGUCUCGAAAAGAAGAAAAAGAAAACAUCUCAGUUAACGGAACUAACACUCAUAACGAGGACUCUUUCUAUAACGUAAACGUGAAAAACCUGUGUAGGAGUUUCGGCGAUUUAACUAAAAUCGAAGACGACAAAGUUUCACUAAAACGCAACCGUAGCGAUCGAACGCGUACUAAAUCUUUGUCCGAUGCUAUGAUCGCCUCUAACAAACUCAUUGAGAACGUCUUCUCCGGAGUCUCUGUGCGAGCAUUGAGAGAAAAGUUUCGCUCGAACGUUGGAGAUUGUAGAUUGGGAAAGAGUGUUGAUUGUAAGAGCGUAGAUGCGAAAUCAAGUUUCAACAAAUUCGACGCCUUACAAAAGAAGAACGUCCUCCACAUCCGCUCCUCGGAUUCGUCGAAAGCACAAGAAAAAUUCAAUGGCGCCCAAGUCGACACCUCCAACUGCCGGUCGUGCGGCAAAGCCGUUUUCCAAAUGGAGCAGAUCAAGGCUGAGAAGGCCGUCUGGCACAAGAACUGCUUCCGAUGCACCGAAUGCAGUAAACAAUUGAACGUCGACACAUAUCAAAGCAAUGAGGGAACCUUGUACUGCAAGCCCCAUUUCAAAGCCCUCUUCGCCCCGAAGGCCGUCGAAGACGACACUCCUCGCAAACCUAGAAAGCCGGAGCUGAUUAUUCGGGAAAGUCAGCCGGUUGAAUUGCCACCCGACGUUGUUAGAGCGAGCGACAAGCCCGACCUCGGCCUCGAAGAACUGCACAGCCUUAACGUGAAGGAGCGCUUCCAGGUCUUCGAGCAGCACAGCACAGACAUGGGCGAAGACCGAACGCCGUCCGCCGUCAACGUGAAGAGGUCGCCGUCGAUCCUGUCAAAACUGGCGAAGUUCCAGGCGAAAGGCAUGGACAUAGGCGUCGCGGACGACUCUUUGAACGGCAUCCCGAUCGAGGAGACUUCCUCGGAGGAGGAAGAAGAGGAGGACGGUCUCGAAGGCGAGGACGCCGACUUGAUUCGAGCCAAGAGGGUGCAGAAGGAGAAACCCUUCCAUUUCACGGGGAUGUCGGACGUGAAGAGUCGGUGGGAGCAAGGCGAGCAGUUGUCGACCAGAGAUGAGCGGCGGGAGGAGAGGAAGCAGGAGAUCCAAUCUAUACGAAACCGGCUUUUCAUGGGUAAACAAGGGAAGAUGAAAGAGGCUUAUCAACAGGCUGUGAUGGAAUCCGAAUCGUGCGUCAAUUUGAGGAAAGAACCGAUCGAAGUGUGCGACACGAAAUCCUUGAAGGAACGAUUCGAAAAAGGAGAGUUAGUCCAAGAGAAGAACGCCCGCGAGAAAGACGGCGAAGAAACGGAAGUCUUCGAAAGCGAGAUCAGCAAAAAGUCGCGCUCCCUCUUCCUCGAACUCGACGCCAACGCCUCGAAACCGCCGCAACUCACCCCCAUCUCGACGCCGAAGAUCGACGUGAAGAAGGCCCGCGACAGCUACAUUCAGAAACAAGCCACCGAAGACACCGUCAAGUCGUCGAAGACGAACGUCGUCGACGACGUACAGAUACGUACCUCAGAUAUCCAGCAGCGUUUCAAAUUUUUCGAAACGUACAAAGAGCCCGAAAAGGAGAAGAGGGCGUUCCGGAUAACGCCGCCCCGGGAGGGACAAGUCAAGGCGCCCACGCCGGACAGGGACGUGUACAGGGACCCGGAGAUCGUGAGGGCCGAGGAGUUGGUCGAGGAUUCGGUAAUCGCCAAGGAGACGCACACAGCCACGAAGAUGCUCAACAAGUUCAGGCAGAUGGAGGAGAACUUGUCGAGGGAGCCCCAGCCGACAGGCCCGAAACCCCUGAAGAGAUUCACGCCUCCGCCCGAACCGACCCGACCCGAGUCGAGCAGCGAAGGCGAGAGCGGAUCCGAAGAGGAAUCGGAGGAAGAGGACGAACCCGACCAGGGCCAGAUCGCCGACGCCGACUUACUCGAGGCACAGAAAGCGGCCAGAGCCAAACAAUUGCGUGCCAAAUUCGAGCGUUGGGAAGCCAACGAGAUCAAGAGGGAACAAAACAGCAGCGCCGUCAACAUAAUCGAAGAAAUCGGCGAGGAACAAUCGCAAAUCGAAUCGACCAAAUCGUUGAGGGCCCGCUUCGAAUCGAUGAGAGAAAACAGUUCGGAAACGAAUAGGCAACCUAGGGUAAAAGUGAACAGAUUUGUGGAACUACCGAACGUAACAGAAACCUGCGAAAGCUGUAACGCCAGGGUAUACCCUUUAGAAAAAAUAUCAGUACAUAAUCACAUCUACCACAAAAAUUGUUUCAAAUGCAUGGAGUGCAAUUGCGUGUUGAGGAUGGACUCAUAUUCGUACAACCAAGGUUUGCUAUACUGCAUGCCUCAUUUUAAGCGCCUUUUUAUUUCCAAAGGUAAUUACGACACGGGCUUCGGCCUCGGUCAGCACAAGGAGAAGUGGAACGCUACCAUGGCUUAAAUGUAUCUUUGUGAUAAAAUAAAACGAGAAAAAAACGCCUUUAUUGCCUUCUAUUGAUAGUACUUGUAGCAAUAAUUACCGUACUUAAAAUCAUGUAUCGAGCUUGUCAUAUUCUUAGAUUUUUUUUUUUAUAUAUUAUUUUUAUGUAUUUUUUAAGCUAGGACCUACUCUAUUACCAACUGUGUGAUUUUUUAAUCGAGAAUAAAUUUUAUUAUUUGAA